CAUUGUGAAAGGUUAAAAUAACAAAAAUGUAUGAGUCCUGCCAGUUAAAUGCAUUAAUAGCCGACUUUUUCAUCAACUAGUUAUGGUUGAUUCUUUGAUUAUUUUUAAUGGAGCCAGCUGACUAUUUUAACAUGGCGAUGUCCUACGCAGUGACUUUUCAACUAGCUUAAAGUUAGUUACUAAAGUUAGUUACUAAAAAUUAGCUUAGAGGUAACUUUUUAUUAAUAGCAUGUUUCUACAUAACGUGCAUAGUUCUACACGAACGAGUAGUAUGCGAACGAGUACGUAAUGAAAUGAGUUUUUUUAAACCAUUCGUCCCUUUACGUUAAAAUUUAUGAGAUUGUCAAAUAUAAGUUUUCAUUUUGUAUAAUUUUUGGCAUAUAAAUAAAUUAUUAAAAAAUAAAAUAGUAUAAUUUAUAAAUAUGUUUGGAUCAAUUGCCAUAAGUCUGGAUAGCGAUUCAAGUGAAAGUGAUAACGAUGAUACACGGCUUUGUCGGAGGAAUAUACGAGAUGCCACAAAUGUUUUAGAUCUUCCAGAAGAACGAUUUAUUGCUAGCUUUCGAGUCAAUAAGGAAGUGUUUGUGAUGUUACUUAAAGAAAUAACGCCAAAUUUAAAAGUGGCAUAUCGAAAUACACACAUCCCAGCACCUACCAAACUUGCAACAUUUUUAUUAUUUCUGGCUACGGGAGGUUAUCAAACAUCAAUUGGAAAUGAAUGUUUUUCGUCCAUAUCAAAAUCGCAAGUGUCCAAGGUAAUAACUGAAUUGUUAGAAAUAUUCGAAAGGUACUUGUGUUCAAAAUGGAUAAAACUAGAAGAUAACAAUGAUAGUGAAGUGAAAGAGUUUUUCUAUAAUUAUGGUGGAAUACCAGGGGUCGUGGGUUGUGUUGAUGGCACUCAUGUGCGAAUAAAGGCACCUGGAAACGAAAGAAAUCAUUUAUACUAUAACCGUAAGGGUUAUUUUAGUAUAAACGUGAUGUUGAUAUGUGAUCAUAAUAUGGUCAUAACAUAUGUGGACGCAAGACAUCCAGGAGCUAAUCAUGAUUCUUUUAUUUGGGACCAAAGUGCAGCGGAACAUUAUUUUAAAUCAAAUUAUUUAAAUGGAAGGAGAUACACAUGGCUCCUAGGUAUAAUAAUUUAGAAUAAAAUAUUUAAUUAAUAAGCAAUUUACCUAAGUUUCUUUAACAGGAGAUUCUGGUUACAAAUUACUGCC